AUGGGGGGGAAGCAUCAACCUGUCCCUUUUGCCCCGUCUGUGUGGAUGACUAAGCCCGACCACGUUCUUCCGCCUUUGACUGCUCUAAUUGCUGCUACAUCUUCUUCAGUCGACAGGUCUACCAGCAAGAUGUCGACAAACGAGACUUUCUACCUGCGCUACUACUCAGGUCACUCUGGGCGGUUCGGGCAUGAGUUUCUAGAAUUCGAUUUCCGUACCCUUGCCGAUGGCAGCAGCGCUGCUGUCCGAUACGCGAACAACUCCAACUACCGCAAUGACUCCCUCAUCCGCAAAGAGAUGUGCGUGAGCUCUGCGAUGAUCCAGGAGAUCCGGCGCAUCAUUAAGGAAAGCGAGAUCAUGAAGGAGGAUGACUCCAAGUGGCCGCAGAAGAACAAGGAUGGACGCCAGGAGUUGGAGAUUCGGCUGGGCAGUGAGCACAUCUCAUUUGAGACCGCGAAAAUUGGCUCACUGGUUGAUGUGACUGAGUCGGCUGAUCCUGAAGGACUGCGGGUGUUCUACUACCUUGUCCAGGACCUGAAGGCGCUGAUCUUUUCGCUUAUUUCGCUCCACUUCAAGAUUAAGCCCAUCUAA